AUGCUGCGGAGGGCAAGGCAAUGUGUAUACUGGCCCGGGUUGGAAGGGGACCUGCAGCACUACCGGGCGUCGUGCACGUCAUGCGAGACGCACGCUCCCUCUCAGCCCUCAGAAACACUCGUCAUCACGCCGCCCCCAGAGUACCCAUUCCAAUCCACAGUGGCGGACAUGUUUCAGCAUGAGGGGCACACCUACAUGGUCUACGCUGACAGGCUCACUGGAUGGCUAGAACUCGCCCAUUUCCCACACGCACAGUACCCACAGUCAAACGGGCGGGCCGAAGCAGCGGUCAAGACGGCCAAAAGAAUCAUCAGAGCCAACACAGGUAGCGGGGGCUCAUUGGACACGGACAAAACCUCCCUCGCUGUGCUGCAGUACCUUAACACCCCGCUGCGAUCUGUCAACAAGUCCCCCGCCCAACUUGCCACCGGAAGGCAGCUGCGUGAUGGCGUGCCAACGGCCCGACGACAUUACAAGGUGGACAGGCACGGGAAGGACGCUGCGUGA